AUGGAGCUUAUAGACGCUGGACAGAGGGAAAUACAGAACCAGUGGCAGAAACCAUCAUUUGAUGACGAUUAUGGCUCCAUCUCCGGGGACUGCCGGGCCGGGCGGAGGCGGGACGGCGACGGGGCGCAGAGCCAAGCCGGGCCGAAACCGGGGCUGAAGCGCCAUCUAGCGCUCGCCCGCGCGACCCCAUUGUUCCUCCGAGAGUGGAGGUCGCGCCCGGUCCCCAGUUGGGGGACAAUUUACUGGGAUCUGGGCGGCCUGGGCGGGGUCACCCGGGCGGGGCCCAGCGAGAGGCUGAGUCGGGGGCGGGGUAGCCCCGAGCCCGAGGGAGGUGCCAUGCGGAGCGCUCCGAGCCGGUGCGCCGUGGCCCGCGCCCUGGUCCUGGCCGGCCUCUGGCUGGCUGCAGCCGGGCGCCCCCUAGCCUUCUCGGAUGCCGGGCCGCACGUGCACUACGGCUGGGGCGAGUCCGUCCGCCUGCGGCACCUGUACACCGCGGGCCCCCAGGGCCUCUCCAGCUGCUUCCUGCGCAUCCACUCAGACGGCGCCGUGGACUGCGCGCCGGUUCAGAGCGCGCACAGUUUGAUGGAGAUCAGGGCAGUCGCUCUGAGUACCGUGGCCAUCAAGGGCGAGCGCAGCGUCCUGUACCUCUGCAUGGGCGCCGACGGCAAAAUGCAAGGGCUGAGCCAGUACUCGGCCGAGGAUUGUGCUUUUGAGGAGGAAAUCCGUCCGGACGGCUACAACGUGUACUGGUCCAAGAAACACCAUCUCCCGGUCUCCCUGAGCAGCGCCAGGCAGAGGCAGCUGUUCAAAAGCAGGGGCUUUCUGCCGCUGUCUCACUUCCUCCCCAUGCUGUCCACCAUCCCAACAGAGCCCGAUGAAAUCCAGGACCACUUGAAGCCCGAUUUGUUUGCUUUGCCCCUGAAAACAGAUAGCAUGGACCCGUUUGGGCUCGCCACCAAUCUGGGAGUGGUGAAGAGUCCCAGCUUCUAUAAGUAA